CGGAUCUGAGCAGAUCCAAGAAGAGCUCUCGCCGUCAGAUGAGACGUAACACGCAGUCAGCUCUCUUUUCAUCUCAGGGCCACGAAUGAGAAACGCCUCUGCAUUCAAUUCAUGAGAUUCAUCAGAUGUUACAGAGACCUGUGGAUCGGGAGAGCUGAAGCUUCGCGGACACCUGUUGUUCCCAAGAUCGGAUUUUACAGUUGUGUUUGACAAAAGGUCUGUUUGCCGGCCUCAGGGGGAAUCUGAGCAAACUUUGGGAUUCUGCGAGGUAAAGUUGCUCAGGAUGACCACUAUGCAGAGGUUGCUUCAGCUCCCGGUGAACGCCGUGAACAUGGUGAAGAGCGUGCAGGGAGCCGCUCAGGGUCAGGAGGAGGCGCUCAGCCCGGUGCUGACACCAGACAGCGGACCGCAAAACUGGUACAACGCCGUCCAGCCCGAAGAGCUCCGACACCUGAGAUCAGGGGGGACGGGGGGAGGCGGAGAGGGAACCGAGGAACGGCAUGGGACGGAGGAGGGUCUUACCAGCGCUCAGACACAACCCUUACGACAUGAUGACCUGAAGGAGAUGCUGGACAGCAAUAAAGACUCGCUGAAGCUGGAGGCCAUGAAGCGAAUCGUAGCUAUGAUCGCCCGGGGGAAGAACGCGUCUGAUCUUUUCCCAGCGGUGGUGAAGAACGUGGCCUGUAAGAACAUCGAGGUAAAGAAGCUGGUGUACGUGUAUCUCGUGCGUUACGCUGAAGAACAGCAGGAUCUUGCUCUGUUAUCCAUUUCCACCUUCCAGAGAGGCUUGAAGGACCCUAACCAGCUGAUCCGUGCGAGUGCCCUGCGUGUGCUCUCCAGCAUCAGGGUGACCAUCAUCGUACCCAUCAUGAUGUUAGCCAUCAAAGAGGCAGCAUCUGAUAUGUCUCCAUACGUCCGCAAGACUGCGGCUCACGCCAUACCCAAACUUCACAGUCUGGACCCUGAACAGAAAGAUCAACUCAUUGAAGUCAUUGAGAAGCUAUUAGCUGAUAAAACCACACUGGUGGCCGGCAGCGUGGUGAUGGCGUUUGAAGAAGUGUGUCCGGACCGCAUCGAUCUGAUCCACAAAAACUACCGUAAGCUGUGUAACCUGUUGAUUGACGUGGAGGAGUGGGGUCAGGUGGUCAUCAUCAACAUGCUCACGCGUUACGCCAGGACGCAAUUCCUCAACCCCAACAUCAACGAGUCUCUGUUGGAGGACGGUGGGGAGACGUCGUUUUACCCAUCUGAUGAUGAGGAAGAAGAAGAGAAAAAGGUUGAUACGUCCACUCUGGCCAAGAGGAAACCGUACGUGAUGGAUCCUGAUCAUAGACUCCUGCUGAGAAACACUAAACCCCUACUGCAGAGUCGCAACGCUGCCGUGGUGAUGGCAGUGGCUCAGCUGUAUUUCCAUUUGGCCCCUAAAGCCGAGGUGGGCGUCAUCGCUAAAGCUUUGGUCAGGUUAAUGAGAAGCCACAGUGAAGUGCAGUACGUUGUGCUUCAAAACGUCGCCACGAUGUCCAUCAAAAGACGGGGAAUGUUCGAACCGUAUCUAAAGAGUUUUUACAUUCGCUCUACGGACCCCACGCAGAUCAAAAUUCUCAAGCUGGAGGUUCUGACUAAUCUGGCGAAUGAGACAAACAUCUCCACAAUCCUGAGAGAAUUUCAGACAUACAUUAAGAGCAUGGAUAAGGAUUUCGUAGCUGCGAGCAUUCAGGCCAUCGGUCGUUGUGCAACAAACAUCGGUGAGGUCAGGGACACCUGCUUGAAUGGACUCGUACAGCUGCUGUCUAACAGAGACGAGUUGGUCGUGGCCGAAUCGGUGGUCGUAAUCAAGAAACUCCUGCAGAUGCAGCCCGAGCAACAUAGUGACAUCAUCAAGCACAUGGCAAAGCUCAUCGACAACAUCCAGGUACCGAUGGCCCGAGCCAGCAUCCUAUGGUUGAUCGGUGAAUACUGCGAGCACGUUCCCAAAAUCGCCCCCGACGUCCUGAGAAAAAUGGCCAAGUCUUUUACGAACGAAGAAGACAUUGUCAAACUUCAGAUUAUCAACCUGGCUGCCAAACUAUAUCUCACUAACUCCAAACAGACUAAACUGUUAACACAGUAUGUGCUAAACCUGGCAAAAUAUGAUCAAAACUAUGACAUCAGAGACCGUGCCCGGUUUAUUCGUCAGCUGAUUGUGCCUACCGAUAAGAGCGGCGCUCUCAACAAAUACGCCAAGAAGCUUUUCCUUGCCCUCAAGCCCGCCCCUGUCUUGGAGUCUCCGUUUAAAGACAGAGAUCAUUUCCAGCUGGGAUCACUGUCUCAUCUUCUCAACGCUAAAGCUUCAGGAUAUCAGGAGCUGCCCGACUGGCCCGAAUCGGCGCCCGACCCGUCCGUGCGCAACGUGGAGAUACCAGACUGGAGCAAAUGCCCGAGCCGGAAGGAUCGUAAGGAGAAGAAAGUGGAGAAACCGUUCUACUCCGAUUCGGAAGGCGAAUCAGGACCGACCGAGUCUGCAGAUAGCGAGUCGGACUCGGGCAGCGGGUCGGCGAGCGUUAGCGGCAGUGAUGAGAGCGCUUCCGGGUCGGAGAGCGAAGAGAGCGGAGAGGACACAGAGUCGGAUGAUGAAGAUGAAGAAGAGCAGAAGAAGAAGAAAAAGAGGAUAGAGAAAAUCAAAGCAAAGAAGCCAGUGGAGGAGAGCGCAGAGAGUGAGCAGAGCAGCGAUGCCGAGGACAGAAAACGAAUCAGGAAGGUGGGAAAAGAUCGAAAGAGCGCAUCCGAGUCAGCGAGCGAAUCAGAGAGCAGCGAAUCAGAAGAGGAGUCAGAGGACGAAUCAGAAGAGGAAUCAGAAUCAGACACUGACAUCAGAAAGAAGAAGGCACCCGCAAAACAGCCCCCAAAACAAUCAAAAAAAGAGAGCAAAAAGGAAACGCAGGAAAUGUCUUUGCUGGAUCUGGAUGACUUCGAACCAACCCUAGCGUCAGCUCCCGUGACUCCAGUAAACUACUUGUCCAGCAGUCUGGUUUCUGAUCUGGAGGGUUUGUCGCUAACCGACACCAUUCUGGCACCUACGACCAUCGCUCCAUCUGGUUUAGUGAAGAUGUAUGAACUCCUGCACCGUAUAAAAGGCGAGGGUCUUGCAGUUGAAUACUGCUUUAGCAGGCAACCCUUCAGCCCGGAUCCUAAUAUGGUGGCCGUCCAGAUCCAGUUCACCAACAAUACAAGCUCAGAGACUAAAAGCCUCCACAUCGAGGAGCCCAAGCUUCAGUCAGGAAUAAGGAUCAAAGAGUUCUCAGAGAUCGAGUUGCUACCAGCAGGUGAAUCGGUUACGGUGGUGAUGGGCAUAGAUUUCUGCGACUCGACACAAGCAGCGAACUUCCAACUUUGCACUCACACCCGAAAGUUCUUCGUCUCAAUCCAGCCACCUGUCGGGGAAUUGAUGACACCGGUGUUUUUGACGGAAAGCGAUUUUAAGAAAGAGCAGGAGAAUCUAUUGAAUGGAAAACUGAUGGGAAUGAAUGAGAUCUCAGAGAAGUUAACGCUUGGAGAGAAAUGUGUGAAUGAGCACGUCAUCGUUGAACGAGUCACAGCCACUGCCAACUUAAGCAGGGUGCCUUGCGGUUCUGAAAAGGAGUGCAGUUCUCCUCCGACUCCUCCCCUUUCCUUACCUGUUAUUUACAGAUUCGCAGGUAAAACCGUCAGCAGUGGCUGUGUCGUACUGGUUACCGUAGCUUGUAAAGAAGGAGGCGGAGCUCAGUUGACGGUCAACUGCGAGAAGAUGGUGAUUGGCACAAUGCUGGUUAAAGACAUCCUACAGGCCCUCACGCAGUGACGACGCCCCCGCAUACCACACCCUCCUAUUUAUUUGCAGCCGUGUGUAAAUCUGCCACGCUUGUAGCAUCAAAAAUCAUAACCUGCAGUGAGAGGCAUCAAAUCUUUUGUUGAAUGUUGCAUGGUAUUAAAACAGCAGUACAUCAGUCAAAGAGGUCAUAAAUAUCUUUUAGUGUGGAUAGAUUUUAAUGUCAGAUUUAGUGAAUUACAGCACAGAUAGAAACAGAAUCUGUGUUCAUUUCAGAUAAUAAAACAUCGAACGCUGCAGGCAUCUGCAAACACAUGAUGCUAGAACUUUAAUCUUAUUUUUAGUCAUUUUAUUAUUUUAGCCAUCUGGUCCAAGUUUCAUUUUAGUGGCGAAAGAAACAAAAAACAUUGCCUUCAUUUCAAAGUGUUUUUCUGUCUACUGCACUGUAAAUCAUGCUAUAAAAUUGGCAUUUAUGUUCAAAUCUCUGUGUAAAGCCUAUUCUGGUUAGUGUGAGUUAUUAGUUUCAUCUAAAUUUGAAAGUGAUGUCAUACCCCAGUGACAGCAAAUUACAU